AUGGCUAGCACCAGCACUGGCGGUCUUCGGCAACCAUCCCUCGGCCCAUCGGUGCCGCCUUCGCCCGUAAACUCACGAUCACGCCGCGACUCGACCACUUCGCUUUCGGUAUCUUCGCAUGCCGACAGGGAACACUUUUCCCUUAAUCUCGACAAGAUCCACACAUCGGCCAGCCAGUCGGAUGCUCUAACCACCUUUAACGACUUCGCCCCGCCCCCCGGCUCGUUACCUACCUCCGAGAGUAAAUCGACCACCGGCGAUCUUGUCCAACAGGGACUAAGCGGGUUGUAUACACGUUUCAAGGAGGCCGUCGGCGCCGUAGGCAAGGGGUCCACGCAAGAGGUGGACGAUACCAGCAAUCAAGAUGGCGCCUCCUCUAGGAAGAGCAUCAGUACGGCCGCCGGCGCCUCGAAGCCAUCGCCCCUUCCGAAGGGAGAAACCGGCGCUACAGUCUCAACGAUGGAGUCUGGCACUAUUUCGGAUAUUCAAACAUCAGGAUUAUCCUCUUCUGGGAUACCGACCUCCGAGUCGCAGACAACUGCUCCACAGUCUUCCAAGGCCUCUUCCAUUACAACUACGUCUAACCCGAAAACUCCUUCGACUAGUGUCCAAAACCUGUCGAAGAUUGCAAAGACCGGGGCACCGGCCACCGCCAACGCCUCCGUUGCCCCGGUCACGGUGCAGGGCCUUAUGGAUAUGGAAGCCGCGCGGGGCGGGACGGCCCGCUUGGAAGACUUACCCAGCCGAACAGCAGGCCGUAGAAGCAUAAGCAGACCAACUGAUACAGCACCGAGUCCUAACCUCUCGGGGAAUCCAAGCUUAGACAAUGUAGCAACCGGUGAUCGAAUAAUGCUGCCGAGCCGAGCGAGAAGGGAGGAUGCCCUCAGCAUGGACGGGAGCACCGAUACGCCUCGAAGCCCCAUCCAACCUGUGGCUGAAGCGCACGCUUCCUCGUCAACUUCCCGUCCCCCUCCUUUGGACGCUAUGCGAAAGCCUGCGGUGAUCGACCGCAUCACUUCGACUAGGACCAGGAGCCAUUCGAGAUCGUCAUCGUUGGAGCCCAGCGCCGCCGCGACACCCAUCAGUACCUCGGCCCAUAACUCUGUGUAUCAUGACUCCUUCACGCACAAUGAACGGCCACAGAUGCUGCAGUCGGGCAUCAUGAGGAUACCAGGCACCACCACUAACGAAGGUGCCCCUGAGGUUGUUAAUGCAAGGCUAGAGCGGAUGCGAAAGCAAGUGCUGAGUAAAGAAUUCUGGAUGGCCGAUGAGACCUGCAAAGAGUGCUUCCUUUGUGGCACGCCCUUCACUGCCUUCAGGCGCAAGCACCACUGCCGGACUUGUGGCUGCAUCUUCGACUCGAAAUGCACGUCGAGCAUCUCGGGCCAAAAGUUUGGCGUCCAAGGUACCCUCCGGGUCUGUAAAACCUGCCUCAACGUCAUCAACCGCCGUUACGAUAGUGGCUCCGACGAUUCAGGCAAUGAGUCUUACCUUCCUACAAUCUUUCACGCGGGCCAGCCGGUUAAGGCUUCGCCAGCCUCAGCCAGGCCGCGCAUGGACGACGAGGCUAGCAUAUCGGAGCGCACCGAACAGGCUGAGGACACCAGGAACGCGAUUACGCCCAUGAUGGCCAUCCCAGCGACGCGGCGGGUGGGGGAUAAUAACAGACACUCAGCGGUCCUGGAGAUUGACAUGCCCCAACUCAGCAGGCCAGGCUCGUCGCGCGGCGACUUUCAACCAGCCAGCCUCGAUCCUGGCCGAGCGAGCUUUGGUACCUACCUGAGCGCGGGGAGGAAAUAUCGAUUCCGUCCAGGGGAGAAGAGCAUAAGCGGAUUCAGCCACGCGAGCCGCGGGUAUGAGGAGGGCAGUGGCCUGCAGAAUCUAUCAAUCCACACACGCCCGCCGCGACGGAGGAACCUCAGCAUCGCGAGCGCGAGCAUCCAUCACCCGCGCUCCCCCUGGCCGAAAUCUGCUGUUUUGAAAGGCGCCUCUGCCUCGGCUGACACUCUUUCCAUAUUUGAGAACGCCAUCGAGGCUCCCGGGUUGAAGCGGAACGACUCCAUGCGUGACGGGAAAUCAACAGAGGAAAGCAUGAACCCUGCAAGCCUACAACACGUGAAGAAGCUUUUCCGACAGCUACUUCAAGAUGCCGAAAUUCCCAAUCCUGUGGGCUGGGAAAAAACCCUGGUUCCUAUCCUAGAUAGGUGCGCCGACGAUGUCGACCCAGACAUCCGCAACGGCGACGACAUGGAUAUCCGGCACUGGGUGAAGCUGAAACGGAUCCCGGGCGGCAAGCCAUCCGAUACAGCCUAUGUCCACGGGGUCGUGUUCACCAAAAACCUUGCGCUCAAGAGCAUGCCACGCAAGAUUCGCAACCCGAGGAUUGUCAUCAUCACCUUUCCGCUCGAGUACCAACGCCACCCGGAACAGCAUUUUAUGAGCUUGCAGCCAGUCAUCGAACAGGAGAAGGAAUACCUGAGGAUGGUUGUCAACCGGAUCCUCAACCUGGAGCCCCAUGUGCUACUAGUGGAGAAGAGCGUGGCCGGGAUUGCGCUCCAAUAUCUCUCGGAAGCAAACGUCGCCGUGGCCUACAACGUCAAGCCAUCCGUUCUUGAAGCCGUGGCGCGCAUCGUCAGCAUGCCGGUCAUUUCGUCAAUGGACAUGCUCAGCCUCGGCGUUCGGGUCGGUAUGAGCGAGAGCUUCGAGGUCAAGACGUUUGUGAACAACGAGAUCAGGGGUAAGAAGAAAACGUACAUCUUCAUAUCCGGUUGUCCAAAAGACCGUGGUUGUACCAUCGCGCUUCGUGGUGCCUCCACCGAGGUGCUCUCCCGGAUGAAGCGCAUCACCGAAUUCAUGGUCUACGUCAUCUAUAACCUGAAGCUGGAGUCCUGCCUCAUGCGCGACGAGUUCGUGCAGAUUCCGAAUUCGGAGCCUACGCUACCGGCACCGCCGGCAUUGCCCGUAGGGGAGAGCAAUGACAGCCUCAUGCUGCGUCCUGGUAGAGUCCCCGACCCCUCGAGCAGCCGUCCUGCCAUUCUCAUCACCCGGCAGAGCACAGAGAGUGGUCACCUUUUACGGGGCAACGAGGGCGCGACUAUGGCUGCUGACCCGGAGCCGUCCAGAACCGGCACCGACCUAGUUGCGCAGGCGCCAGCCGCUGAGCAGGACCAAGGGUCAAUAUCCAUGCACGCGCUACACUCCCAUGCGCAGGUGCCCGAUGACAUACCCAUGCCCGCCUUCCACAGCGACACGGUAGCAAAGUAUGAGACAAGGAUUCUAUCCACAUCCCCGUUUGUCAAAUUCAGGCAACCAUAUCUGCUCAUGAAGGCGCGGGAGCAGGAGCGGCGCGCGACCUAUCUGAGGCAGCUCCUCGAGCAGGAGCGCAUGGAUGGGUUCGGUGAAGACGAGAAGCAAAGCCCAGAGCCGUUUCAACUGGUCAAACCAGAAAUGGUACGGGGGGUUGAACAGAGGGCUCCCCGAAAGGUCAUGGAGGUUCUCCACGCUGUUCACGAUGCUGAAUACGACAAAGCGCUACACAGCUACCGAACACAGGCGAAACAAUGGGAGGCGUAUAUCCACGGGAGUGCUGACCUCUUCGACCCCUACUCGCACCAGAACAUCGUUGUCCUCUAUUCGGUCACUUGCACGGCGACGAAAAUCCCAUGCUCGGAGCCCAGUCUGGUCGCGAUUGAGUUUUAUAACGAGCACCCCGACCCGAACGGAAGCAUGGACCAGGAUUGCACCCUCGGCCAAUACAUUGAAGACGUCUGCGAGGGCGCCGAAUUCAUUUGUCACUCCAACGGAUGUGAUCGGAAGAUGUUUGAGCACCACCGCACCUAUGUCCAUGACAACGCCCGCCUCACCAUCAUUUUGGAAACGUCCCCAGCGUGGCCAGAAAACUUUCCAGAGAAGCCGCAGGAUAACAUCGGCGACAAUGACGGGACCGGCAUAUGCAUGUGGAAUUAUUGCAAGCACUGCAACAAGCAUUUUGGGCUAAUGCCCAUGUCUGUGAGCACCUGGAAGUACUCGUUCGGUAAAUAUCUCGAACUCUCAUUCUGGAGCAGCGGGCUCCAGUUGAAUCCUCAGACAGAGUGUCCCCAUGACCACCAGAAGGAUCACAUCCGGUUCUUUUACUAUCUGCACCGCGACAUCGCAGUGAGGGUACACUAUGACCCCAUCGAUCUCUACGAGAUUAUCGCACCGCGGACGAAAGUUACGUGGAAGGUGGACUACGAUUUGAGGCUCAAGAACGAUGUCUUCAUAAAAGCCGAAGACCGCUGGAAUCGCUUCAUGAAUUCUGUCGGUGCUCGACUCAAGAGCAUCCGGAUCGACAGCGUGCUUCCGGAGAAAGCAGAGGCCUGCAGGGCCGAAGUAGAAAGGCUUAGCAAGAAGGCCCAGGAGGACCAACUGGAGCUGAUUCGCGCGCUCCAGGACACGUACAUGGGCUCUAGGUACUACGAGGUCAUUCCGUUCAACACCGUCAUCCGCGAGAUGCUCGAAAAGGUGACGGAUUGGGAUGCCGCGUUUACCACAUUCGAGGCCGAGUUCCUCUCCGACAAGGACGUUCGUCAGUUGACUAUCAUUCAACUGAAAAAGAUUUUCACAGAUCACGAGUCCAAGGAGUCUCUGCCUAGUACUGACGGGACUGCGUCGGUCGCAUCCGAAGAAGACAAAACCACCCCCGCUACGUCCCCACCCGGUGGUUCCGAAGCUGAAGAGAACCCAUCUCAGAGUUCGGAAAUCGAAAUCAGUCAGCCGCAGGAGACUUCGUCUCCUGUUGUGCAGCCCGUUCCUGCGCCAAAAGAAGGUGCCGCGGUCGAGGCGGAAGCGCUCUUGGAGCGGGUUGAACCCUUGGACCUCGCGACUCCAGGCCCGACAACCGCCGCGAACACGAAAAGCAUUCCCCCCGCUCCAGAGGCCGCUCCAGAGGCCGCUCCAGAGGUAGCCAAGGCACCUAGCGACCGACCGUCUAGCUCAGCAGCGGCCGCAUCUAACUCCGCAGUUGCCCUGGCAGCCCAAGCUAGUGCACUACCGCCUCCUCCCACGGGCCAGCUGUCAUUGUCAGAGAAAGUAGAGCAAAUACGCCGGGAGCAACGGGCAUUGGCCAACGAACCUAGGAACCCAGUUGCCGGUGGCGCAAAUCCUACUAGUAUUCCAAAGCCAACGCCGGAACGCGCCCUACCUAGGAAGGUGGGCGCAGCCGUGUCGCCUCCGAUGGUCCGGGCAAUCUCUCACCCACCGGGGACAUUACCGAGGGCACAGUCUGCUAUCGGCAAACUUCUGAAAGAACAAAGGGCUCAGGAUAUGGGCGGUGAGAUACAAAGGGCAUCGACGGAAAACAUACUCAAGGGGGAGAAGAAGUUCGUUGACCGAAUCGGUCUUGGGGCCCUGAAGAGCCAUCGUAAGGCAGGACCUUCCGGGAUCCCGCGAUACGUCCAUAAGAGGGAAUCGAAGGUCUCGACUCUCGCCCGCCACUUUGAGCAGCUGAGCCGAGAAUUUGAAAAGGAGAGGUUGAAAGACCGCAAGCAGCGGGCGGCCAAGAUGCACCACACCCGAGCAUUCUUGCCGCGGUCUUCAACCAAGACCAUAGUAGAAGUCUACAAAGACGUGGACCAGGCCGUGCAAGAGCCGGGGCCGUCGGAGGAGGAUCACCUUCUCGAGAAAGAGCGGGGCCAGAAGCAGGCGGGGACACGUCCUGAUACGGCAGACGUCGCACUUCCCGAAUCGCAGCAAACUAAACCUUCGGGGGCCGAACCCACAUCGUCACAAGAGCUUCCGUCACAGCCUGACGAGAGUGUGGCGCAGACAGAAGCCGAGGACAGCCGGCAAGAGAGCCGGGUCGCUUCUGAUGACGAGGGCGUAGAGAGCGAUGUCGACCAUUCGGCCAUCACCCUCGACGAUAUCUUGCCGGACGUGAAGGAGAUCGCCGACUCUCUAGAACCGAGCGAAGAAAUACCGGAAGAGCUUCCGAAGCACCAGAAGAAGAGCCUCAUGACCAUGUUGACCAACUUCUGGGCCGAACGCUCCGCCAGUGGCUGGCCGCAGUUGGAAUAUCCCAUCAAUGCCACGGACCACAUCUUCUUCGAUUCGGACGUGAUCAUCAGAGAGGACGAGCCAAGCUCUCUCGUGGCAUUUGCCCUCAGUUCCGAGGACUACAUGUCAAAGCUGGCGGAAAUCCGGCAGCGGUGGGAGAUGCCGGACACGGAUGAGAGCAGCGACGGGCUGGAAAUGAAACGACCGCAAUUCUCUAAUCCGGAGGCCAAAACCGCGGCAAAGGCCAGCAGGUACAACACGGAGCUCGAGAAGAGUCUUCUUCGGCCGACGGGUAUGCAUGUCAAGUACCAGUUCACCGAGGGCGCAGCGAGGAUGACGUGCCAAAUCUUCUACGCCGAGCAGUUCGACGCGCUCCGGCGCAAGUGCGGCGUGGGUGAUCGCUUCGUCGAGUCCCUUUCUCGGUGUCUGAAGUGGGACUCCAAAGGUGGCAAGACUAAAUCGGUCUUCCUCAAGACUCAGGAUGAGCGGUUCAUUCUGAAGUCUCUCUCCCCGAGCGAGACCUCGUCGUUCCUCCGAUUCGCCCCCGACUACUUCAGCAUCAUGUCGGAAGCGCUCUUCCACGACUUGCCCACGGUCAUCGCCAAAAUGUUUGGCUUCUUCCGCAUCUUCAUCAAGAACCCGCUCACCAAUACGGAGAUCAAGCUCGACCUCCUGGUGAUGGAAAAUCUGUUUUACGACCGCUGCCCGAGCCGAACAUUUGACCUCAAGGGGUCGAUGCGCAACCGCAAGAUCCAGUCGACGGGCGAGCAGAACGAAGUGCUGCUGGAUGAAAACAUGGUCGAGUACAUCUACGAGUCGCCGCUGUUUUCGCGGGAGCACUCGAAGCGGCUGCUUCGGGCGUCGGUCUUCAACGACACGCUGUUCUUGGCCAAACAGGACGUGAUGGAUUAUUCGCUCAUGGUUGCGGUCGACGAGGUCAAGAAGGAAAUCUCUGUGGGUAUCAUUGACUGUAUUCGGACCUACACCUGGGAUAAGCAGCUCGAGAGCUGGAUCAAGAACCGGGGGUUUGCGGGCGGUGGCCGGAACAGGCCGACCGUGACGAGUCCGCGCGAGUACAAGAGCCGAUUCAGGGAGGCGAUGGCGAGGCCCCGAAUACUCCAGCUACUCCGAGGCCCCGAUUUGAAGACGACGCUUGAUUUUCUGCGGAGUCAUCCAUGCAAGAACACCUUUCAACAAGCAUGGGUAUGGCCGGCGCAUUAUGGCGAUGUUUGGUGA